AUUAUUUCUCUUCCUUUCUCGUUUAAAUCUUUCUGAAAAACCCAUUUUAGCUUAUCAGCUUCGGUUAUGGCGGAGGAUUUUGCAAGAGCCGUGGAGGACGGACUCUUGCUAGCCAAGAGAGUAUACUUGGGUAAAGACCAUGCAGUGGUGCCACCCAAGACGCCUCCAAGGAUGGAGAGGUCGGUGCAGUCGUAUUUGCCAACUGCGCCGAUAAUCUAUGCCGUGAUAGACAAUCCAGGGAUAGUGGACAACCCGGACAUGCCAAGUUACCAGCCUUACGUGCACGGUAGGUACAAUCCUCCUGCGCUGAUUCCUCUAAAAAUGAAUAGCAUUGAGCUUGAUGUGGAUUGUCACCUGGAUACUGCUUUUGUUCGCGUUUCUGGGUCCUGGAGGGUCCAUUGCGUAAUGGGUAGCAAGUCCUGUGAUUGCCGUGUUGCUGUCCCCAUGGGAGACCAGGGUUCAAUUCUAGGUGUCGAUGUUGAUUACCCUAGAAAAUCAUAUUCCACUGAGCUAAUUGCAUUGGAUGACAAUAAGGAUAUUGAAAAGACAGCAGGACCCCAAGAUGCAGGCUUUUUGAAGCCUCAAAUAUUUACUUUAACAAUACCUCAGAUUGAUGGGGGUUCCAAUAUUUCAAUUACGCUCCGUUGGUCUCAGAAAUUGUCAUUUCAUAAUGGCCAGUUAACCUUGUUCAUACCUUUCACUUUCCCUGAUUAUGUCACACCUGUUAUAAAGAAAAUUGCUAAGAAAGAAAAGAUACAAUUGAACAUCAACUCUGGGACUGGAACUGAAAUCUUGAGCAACGCAAGUAGUCAUCCUCUGAAGGUCUCUUCCGGUCCUAUAGUUGGCCAUGUCCUCUUGCAAUCUCCAUCACUGCAUGAUGUGGAUCAAAGAGAAACCUUCUGUAUCUAUCUUUAUUCAGGAAGUCAGCAAAGGGUGUUCCGCAAGGAAGUCAUAUUUGUUGUUGAUAUAAGCAAAAGCAUGCUUGGAAAGCCCCUUGAGGAUACUAAGAAUGCUUUAUCUGGAGCCCUGUCUAAGCUCAAUCCUGAGGAUUCAUUUAAUAUUAUAGCUUUUAGUGAGAAAAUUUAUAUGUUAUCAACAUCAAUGGAGUUGGCUUCUAAGGAAACAAUUGAAAGAGCUGUUGAGUGGAUCGGCGUACACUUCAUUGCAGGGUGUGGUACCAACAUGUUAACUCCACUAUUCAAGGCAACUGAGAUGCUAAUGAAUUCUUCUGGUACAAUCCCUAUAAUUUUUCUUGUUAUUAAUGGGGCUGUUGAAGAUGAGAAACACAUUUAUGAUGUAAUGAAGAGGCAUCUGGCAAUUGGAGAAUCAUUAUGCCCACGGAUAUAUACUUUUGGCAUAGGUUCAUUGUGCAAUCAUUAUUUCCUCCGCAUGCUUGCCAUGAUUGGCCGGGGGCAAUAUGACGCUGCUUUUGAUUUAGAUUCUAUCGAGGUCCAAAUGCAAAAAUUUUUUAGCAGGGGUUUAUCCACUGUUCUCGCUAAUAUAACUGUUGAGACAUUGGAUGAUCUUAAUGAACUAGAGGUGUAUCCUUCACGUAUUCCAGACCUUUCAUCUGAAAGUGCAUUGACAAUAUGUGGAACGUAUCGUGGAAAUUUUCCGAACACUCUUAAAGCUAGAGGUGUCUUGGGAGAUUUGAGUAGUUUUGCUGCAGACUUGAAGAUAGAAUGGCUCAAGGACAUCCCUCUUGACAGGGUGUUAGCAAGACAGCAGAUUGAUCUGCUCACAGCACAGGCAUGGCAUUCAGAAAAUAGACAGCUUAAGCAGAAGGUUGCAAAGUUGAGCAUGCAAACUCAUAAUGUGUCUGAGUAUACCCGUAUGAUCUUAAUCGAGAAUUAUAAAAUAAUAAAAGCAACAGAAUCACCUGGAGGACAGAAGGUGUGGAAGAAAGCUGAUCCAAAGAAAAUGGUUCCGAAAGUUCCAAAAAUGUUAUUGCUACCAAGCCUUUCUAUUGGCUUUGGCAACUUGGAAGGAACCGCUGAAAACAUCCAUCUAUGCCAUGAAGAACCAAAAUUACCGAGAGCUGCUGAAAAAUGUAGGAAGGCAGCUUCAAAUUGUUGCGGCAAAUUAGGUAAAAAUUUCUGUUGCAUGUACUGCAUAGAUUGUUGUUCGAAGAUGAACGAUCAGUGUGCAAUUCUAAUAGCACAGCUAUGCAUUGCUCUGUCAUGUUUGGGCUGCGUCGAAUGUUGCUCAAUAUGCUGUUCUGGAAAAGGUGGACAUUAACUGAAAACGUCUCAGAAAUGUUCAACUGGCUGUUGUAACGUUGUAGAUUGCUGUUGAUACUGUCUAAAAGAAACUUGUGUCAUCCUG